AUGCAGAAGCAGGAGCAGCAACAGCAGCAAAUGCUGCUGCAGCGGCAGCAGCAGCUCUUGCAGAGACAGCAGCAGCUGCUGCAGCGGCAAGAUCAUCGAUGCCGCCGCCAGCUAGCCAAGCUGCAGCAGCUGCAGCAGGAGAGCGCAGCAGCAGAAAGGAAGGAGACGAGGGAGUUGCUGCUGUCUCUGUUCCCCGAUACACAUACAACAGCAGCAGCAGCAGCAGCAGCAGCAAAGACAGGAACAGCAGCACCAGCAGCAGCAGCAGAACAGGCUUGCCGGUGUCUCCUUGCUGCAGCAGAGCAGCAGCAACCGCUGUUUGCCUUACAUGGCGAUGGCUGCAGUGUACAGACACUGCAAGAUGAUCCAGCAGCAGCAGCAGCAACAGCAGCAACACCAACAGGAGCACCAGCAGCAACAGCAGUUCCCCCGCCGCUGUUUUCUGCUGCUGCUCCUGGAGCUGCAGCAGCACAAGCAGCAGCAGGAGACAGCAGCAGCAGCAGCAGCAGCAGCAGCAGCAAAGAAGGAGACUCGGAUAUAUUCUCUCAAUGCUGCCGCGCCUUAAAGAAAGUUGUAUGGGAGAUGCUGCAGCAGGAAGCAGAGGCAGCAGCAGCAACAGCAGCAGCAACAGCAGCAGCAACAACAGCAGCAGCAGCACCAACACCUCAAGAUGCUGCAGCAACAGCAGCAGCACAACACAGGCUGCUGCAUCUUCGUGCUGCUGUCCUCUGCAGCAGCUUCUCGUUGCUGCAGCAGCAGCUGCAGCAACUAAGGGGCCAAUGCCACACAUUGUCCUUAUCUCGUCGUUGGUCUCCUUUUCCCCUUACAUUUGCUGCGCUGCAGCACCUCAGCAGCAGCAGCAGCAGCGGCAGCAGCAGCAGCAGCAGAAACAGAAGCAACGGGCUUGGCAGCGACUACACUGCAGAGGCUGCGCUGGCGCAGCAGCAGUUGCUGCUGCUGGUGUUGAGGGGUAGGCCACUGCAGCAGCGGCUGCAGCAGCACAUCUGUUGUCUGCCUGCCGCAGCCGGAGCAGCAGCAGCGGCUGCAGCACCUGCUGCUGCGGCAGCGAAUGCCCCAGCAGCAGCUGCUGCUGCUAGCACACUGCUGCUGCAGGCCAACUCAACAUAUAGCUUGCUGCUGCAGCAUGCAUGCGCCCUGUGUGCCUCACUUCUGCAACCACAGCAGCAGCCGCAACAGCAGCAACAGCAGCAGCAGCAGCAGCGGCAGGAUACAGCAGCAGCGUUGCUGCUGAUGCUGCAGCGGCUUCCCCUUUGGGCUAAAGCAGCGGGCCCUCCUUCUUCUUCUCUCCGUCGCCAAGAGAUGGAGUUAUGCUCGGGGCUGCAUGCGCUGCUCUUUCCAGCAGCAACAGCAACAGCACCUGCUGCUGCUGCUGCUGCUGCUGCAGUCAGCACCAACGUUUGCAGCGGCAGCAGCAGCGACAGCAGCAGCAGCAGCAGCGGGAUGAAUUCUUUGCCUCCCUCGUUGCAGCAGCAAAUGCGUAAACAGCUGGCAAGCCUGCUGCCUCUCCUCCUUCGGAUCUCAGAAGCAAACAACAGCAGCAGCAGCAGCAACAGCAACGGCAACAGCAGCAGCAGCAGCAGCAGCGCAGCACCGCAACAGCUGCAGCAAUUUGCUGCUGGGUGGUGGGAGGCAGGAAUUGAACUGGCAGACGGCACAGCAACUCAGGUUCCUGAGGCUGCCGAGGCCUUCGUGUGGCUGCGUGCUGCAUCAGCAGCGCAGCAGCAAGCUGAGUUGCUGCUGUUGGCCCCGUUGCUGCUGCUUGGAGGCCACCGGAGGCAGCAGCAGCAGCAACUGCUGCUAGGUGCAGCACGCAGCGACGGGGAGACUCAGGCCCCACUGCGGUUGGUUGCACUUCUUCUUGCUAGCAGCAGCAAAAGCGUCAACAGCAGCAGCAGCAGCAACAGCAGCAAUGAGAACGACGCGGAGGCAUUUUCUUUUGCUGCUGCAGCAGUAGCCUUGGCGGCGGAUGUGCUGAGGGAGUUCUGCAGCAGCAGCAGCAGCAGCACCGACGCAGCAGCAGCAAUUCCCCUGUGGUGUGAUAUUCUGCGAGGUGCAGAGACAGUUGAAGAGGCAAUACAAGUUGAGCGUCUAUCUCAUGAUCGCCAAUUCGCUGUUGCUGCGCGGCUAAUGGAGGUGCAGCAAGCAGCAGCAGCAGCAACAGCAGCAGCAGCAGACGUUGCUGCUGCUGCUGCAGACCCCAAAAGCGAGUUUGUGCUGCUGCUGAGGAAGAGCUAUAAGAGGCGCUUUGCUGCUAUCUUCUCCAUUGCAGCGCAAUUGGCAGGAAGGCCUCAAGAGAGCGGACUGCCGCAGCAGCAACAGCAGCAGCAGCAGGCACCGCGGCAGCAGCUGCGGCUGCUGCUGCUGCUGCUGUCGUCCUUUGAAGGAUCGGAUGCGGCGGUAGCACAGGAGUUGCUGCAGCAUCUGCUGCAACAGACCAGCAGCAGCAGCAACAGCAGCAGCAACAGCAGCAGCAACAGCAGCAUGCUAGUGGACUUCAUUAGGGCUCUGUUGCUGUCCCCGGGUGUCAGUGCUGCGGCAAUUGAGGAGGCAACAAGUCAGCUGUUGCCGCUGCUGCUGCUGAAUGCUGCAGCCCAUACAGAGCAGAGCUGCUGCAGCAGUUCUAGCAGCAAUAGCAGCAGCAGCAGCAGCAGCAGCAGUCAGGCACUGGUGACGAUCGAGGAGGUUCGCAGUCUACAGAAGCUGCGCCCCACAGCGGCAGCAGCAGCAGCAGCAGCAGCAGCAUUUUCUGAUACACCGCGCAUAGGGGGACAAGCAGCAGGCUCAAGUCCUGCUGCUGCCUUGUCUGCAGCAGCAGCAGGGGAGGCAGCAGCAGCAGCAGCGCUUAACCUCCAUCUGCUGCCUGCUUGUUGCGUCUGUGGUACCACAGCAGCACUUUCACUAACAGCAACAGCAACGGCAGCAACAACAGGAACAGCAACAACAGCAGCAACAGAAGCAGCAGCAGCAACAGCAGCAACAGCCAUAUUUACAUGUGGAGGCUGCGGCUUCCCGUUUGUGCCGUCUGCACUGCAGAUGCCAGCAGCAGCAGCAACAGCAGCAGCAACAGCAGCAACAGCAACAGCAGCAACAGCAGCGGUACCGGCCGAGUCUCCACUACUUGUGCUGCUGCAACGCUGCAUAGAAGCACGCGAAGAUGGCCGUUUGCUGCAGCAGGAGGCAUUCUUGCCUCUGCUGCUGCUGCUGUGUUGCUGCUGCUGCAGGUUGCUGCAGCUGCAGCAGCAGCAUGCUCUGCAGCAGCAAGUGAGGUACCUCCUUCAUUGCUUGUCUCAACGCGCAGGUGCUAAAGACAACCCAGUUGCUGCUGCUGCCGUUGCUGCUGCUGCUGCUGAAGCAGCAGCAGCAACGGAAAGAAGCAUCAAGGCAGACACCGUUUUGCUGCAGCAGGUACAGCAGCAGCAGCAGAGCAGUCUAACGCAGCGGGCGCUGUGUCUGCCGCUUCUUGCGUUAUUGCUGUUGUCUCCUCAUUCUUCUAUCUCUUCCCCUGAGCUGGACUGCAGCAGCAGCAGCAGCAGCACUAGCGACGGCUCUGAGGCAGCAGCAGAUGCUGCUGCUGCUGCUGCUAUAUCCGUGUGGCUGCUGCUGCACUUCGCACUGCGCAGUCAAUCUGUACAUAUGGACAUGUGCUGUUGUCGUGAAAGCAGCAGCAGAAGCAGCAGGUGCAGCAGCAACAGCAGCAGCAACAGCAGCAGCAGCAGCAGCAGCAACUGUGACGUCGUCAUUCGAAUGUUAGAUACUCCUCUGCAGCAGGCUGUAAAGGCUCCUCUGCUGCUGCUGCUGCAGUCGUCAUCGUUGCUGCUGCGGCUGCUGCCUCCUGUCCCUGAUAGUUUGCUGCAGCAACAGGAGGAGAAACAGCAGCAGCUGCUGCUGCAGCUGUGGGAUGCGGAAGCAGCAGCAGCAGCAGCAGCAACACCUGGCGCCCUGCUGCAGAAGCUGCGGCUUUGCCUCCUCGUAUCACCGGUUGCCCUCAAGGCAGCAACAGCAACAGCAGCAGCAGCAGUAGGUGUUACUACUACUACUACUCCUGCUGGUGCUGCUGCUGCUGCUACUGCCUGCACGGCUACCGCUUCUUCGUUGCCUAUUCAGGACGAGAUACUUCCAUCAUACAACAGCAGCAGCAGCAACAGCAGCAGCAGCAGCAACAGCAGCAGCAGCAGCAACACAGAGGAGAGCAGCAAUAGUCUUGAUAUUGUUUGGAUUUACGCGCCGCAGCAGCUGCAGCGUAGGCUGCAGCAGCAUUUUAUUGCUGCUUCUUCUUCUGCUGCUGCUGCUGCAACAGAAGCGGCGGCAGCAGCAGCAGCAGGUGCAUCUUCUGUUGCUGCUGCACUUUCUGCAACAAAAGACAUUUCCUUUACGGGAGACAGCGGAGAUCUGCUGCUGUGCUGCAGUUCCCUGCUGCAGCUGCUGCUGUCUGCUGCACGCAUGCGACCUCGACUUUCUGCUGCUGCUGAUCACUACGGGGUGCAACUGCAGCAGAAGCUGCAGCAGCAGCAGCAGCAGCAGCCCGUCGAUAUGUGCUGCCUGUACACUCCAUCGCUGCAGCAGGCAGUUGCAACAGUUCACCACCAGGAGCAACAACCGCAGCAGCAGCUGACGACAGCAGCAGCAACAAAGGCUCUUGUCUCCUUUCUCCCCUACCGGGUGUAUCUACACCCCACUGCACCAGCAGCAGCAGCAUUGCUUGUUCCUGAUGCUGCUAUGCUGUUGCGUUGUCUCUUUAGGCGACUGCAUGCAGCAACUGCUGCUGCUGCAGUUUCUGCUGCAGCAGCAGCAGCAGCUAAUGGAGGAUCCCUUAUGUGGUUAAAUGCAGCAACACCAGUACUUAUGCAGCGGCUGCAGCAACUGACACUUUUGCUGCGCUGCUGGGGUGUAUCUGCAGCUGCAGCAGUAGGCAAUGCAUGCGGCGGUGGCUGCUGCAUCGACAGUCUUUUCAGUUUGUUCUGGCGCAGCAGCAGCAGCAACAGCAGCAGUAGCAACAAGAUUGCCCUCCCCUUCUCUACCAGCAGCAGCAGCAGCAGCAGGAAGGAGGCUGCUGCUGUCUUUAAGGGAGGUCUGCUGCUGCUGCUGCUAGGCACACAACGCUAUCGCCUGGUGUCCGGCGAGCUGCAGCAGCACUCGCUGCUGCGGCGUUCCUUGCUGCUGCGCAGCAAGCUGCAGCAGCAGCCGCAGAAGCAGCCGAAUGUUGCUGCUGCCGUUGCUGCCUCCGCUGCUGCUGCUGCCGAUGAAGCUGCAGCAGAGACACAGCUGCUGCUGAAUGUGCUGCUGCCCUUCCGAUUUGCUGCUACCUCAUGGCAGACUAAUGUUACCCUUAUCCCUGGGCUUGGUUUGCUGCAGCAGCUGCCACCACUCGAUGGUUUAAUAUUUCAGCUGCUGCUGCUGCUGCCUCCUUCAGCAGCAGCAGCAGCAUUUAUAUCACGUCUGCUGCUCUUGCAUUACAACAACAGCAGAGAGAAGGCGCUUAGCAGCAACGACAGCAGCAGCAGCAGCAGCAGCGGAGGGGAAACCCUUGCUGCGGGUGACGCCGAAACUGCUGCUGCUGCGCUGCUGCAUAAGAAGAACCAGCGACUGCAGCAACAGCAGCAACAGCAGCAGCAAAUACUCUUCUUUGUUUUGCUGCGUUGUGCACAUUAUCUGGCUACUCGCUCAGGAGAUAAUGGAGACGCAGCGAAGCAACAGCUGCUGCAGUGCGUCUCCGUCUUGCAGAGUGGUGUGGAUUUGCUGCAGCAGGAGACGGAGCAGCAGCGGCUACAGGCGGAGCCCACGACAAUGACAGCGUUGGUGCAGCAGCAUUUGCUGCAGGUCGUUGAGGUAUUGCGGCUGUGUCUUGUAGCCCCCGGAAGCAGCAGCAGCAGCAGUAGCAGCAGCAGCAGCGGAGCAGCAGCAGCAACGCUGCUCUACCGCCGCAGCUUUCUGCGGCUCUUCGUCCCCCCGGUGUCUCUGCCGUUGCUGCUGCGCACCACGUUGCUAUCACAGCAGCAGCAGCAGCAACAACUGCAGCAGCAGCAGUGGCUGCUGCCUACAGCAAACACAGGAGUCGCAGCAAGUGUUGCAGCAGUGCAGACGCUGCAGCUGCUGCUGGAGGCUGCUGGCAGCGAGCUCGUGGAAACACGAGCAGCAAAGCUGCUGCAGCAGUAUGCGGAGCAUGCCAAGCAGCAGCUUACCCGCUGUAGCAGCAGCAGCAGCAGCAGCGGUGACGAGAGGGCAGAGUGCAGCUGCAGCAGCUGCGCUGUAGCAGACACGAUCUACAAGGAAGUGUGGGGUUUGCUGCUCUUGCUGCUAUCCAAAGCUCAAGAUGCUGCAGCAGCAGACGAGCAGCAGCUGCCGCUGCUGUGUGCUGCCUUUGCAUGCACUCCGGUGCUGCCGCCGCUGCAACAGCUGCUGCCACAGGACCCUGCAGCAGCAGCAGCAGCAGCAGCAACGCAACAGUUUAGCGGGAGCACCAGUAGUCUCCUAUCACAGCAGCAGCCACGGACCCCUUUGCUGCGAUUGAUGCAGUUCUACUGCUUGCUGCCAGCUUUUCUGUUGGAAGAGGAGCAGCAGCGAAUGCUCAGCAACAGCAGCUGCAGCAGCAGCAGCAGCAGCCUCCGGAACGGCUGGUGCAGCGAUAGUUCCUCGUGGCAGCUCGAGGAACUGCAGCAGCAGUUGCAGCAGCAGCGUAGCGAUUAUUUGCAUGCGCAGCAGCAGCUGCCGCUGCUGCUACUCCGCUGCUGCGCUAUUGGCGUUUUCCUUAGCAGCAGCUUUCCUUAUUUAACGCGAUUGGCUGCAGCAAGAUGUUUGCUGCAGGCGGUGCGUGGCUGCAGUGCGCCGUUGCUGCUGCAACAGCAGCAGCAGUUGUUGGUACUGCAGCAGCAGCAGCAGGAUGAGGAGACGCGUGAGGUACUUACGCAAGAGCAGAGGGAGCAGCAGCAGCAACAGCAGCAGUUGGUGCUGCUGCUGCAGAAGCUGCUGCGCGCAUUAAUUAUUAGCCUACAAGGAGUAAUGGUUGAAUUGCUGCACUCAGCAGAUAAUCUUGCCCUUUGCUGCUGCCAGAUAUUGGGGUAUCUUGAGCCCUUCUGCAGCAGCAGCAGCAACAGCAGCAGCAGCGGCAGCAGCAGAGUGCCAUGCUCAUCAGCAGUAGCAGAGCUCCUACUAAAGGGUACAGACGUCGCUGUUUCCGGCAGCCAGCAGCAGCAGCAGCAGCAGCCACAGCAACAGCACGGAAGAAGCAGCAGCAACAGCAGCAGCAGCCGAAGCACUCAAGCUCGUCGCACUGAUAGCAUGACAAGCACUAGCAGCACCAGCAGCACGAGUAGCAGCAGCAGCAGCAGCAGCAGCAGAUGGCAGAUAGCAGCAGAUGGUCGCGCUGCAGAAGUGUUUCCUCGCAUGUAUAGGGCAUAUGUACGGCAGCAGCAGCAACCAAAGCGGCGGCAGCAAGAGGAGCAGGAGCAGCUGCAGGAGGGGCAGCAGCGGCAGCAGCAGGAAGAGCAGCAGCUGCCGCUAGCUGGUGAUAACCCUUUUGCUGCUGAUUCCUUCCGUUUCUUCUUAUGGCAGCAACUGUUUAGAGCAGCAGCAAGAGUUGCGCUGCUGCCUUAUGUCAGCAGUGCCUACAAACACUGGACAGGCAGCAGCAAAACCAGCAGCAGCAACAACAGCAACAGCAGCAGCAGCAAGGACACUAGCAUCAGCAGCAGCCAACAACAAAAAGCGGGUAGAGGGAGAAAACGCAAAGCUGACACAGCAGCAGCAGCAGCUGCUGCAGCAGCAGCAGCGUCAGCAGCACAAGGAACGUCAAACGGUAGCAGCAGCAACAGCAGCAGCAGCAGCACAAGUAGUCUAGGCGCAUGCGUCAACUCCCCACUACAGUCCUUUGUGCAUUGGCUGUUGAAUUCUCUCGAGCAGCAGCAACAACAGCAACAGCAGCAACAGCAACAACAACAACAACAGCAUCAGCAGCAGGCGGAUGUAGCGACCAACUCAGCCACAAACACCAGCACCAGCACCAGCAACAGCAGCAGCAGCAACAGCAGCAGCAGCAGCAGUAUUCGUAUUCAGAUAUUCCGUGCAUGCGAUCUAGCUUUGCUGCAUCUCCCCUUUUGUUUGUCCUUUUUGCUGCCGCACCUAACGGAGGCAUUCUUAUCAUCUAAGUGUACCUCGCCGCAGCAGGUCCUGUUGCUGCAGCUGUUGUUGCUGCUGCUCUUGCUGCUGCUGCUGCUGGUGUUGCUGCUGUUCGUGGGGACGGCGGGGACUCUCCUCAGUAAGCGGCUGCUGCAGCUGGUGGAAACCGAACUGCAGCGCAACGUUGGGGCCAGCAGCAGCAGCAGCAGCAGCAUCAACUGCAGCAGCAGCAACAGCACCAGGUCUUUAGCUGAAGGCAGCUCAGCGGGAGAAACAGAACUGCAGCAACAGCAGCAGCAGCAGCAACAGCAGAGGAACGCAGCUGCUGCAGACAGCGCCUCAACGAUUCAGGCUGUGUUCUCCUUGCUACAAAAACUGUCACGAUGGAGGCGGCAGUUGGAAGAGCAGCAGCUGCCGUUGCUGCUGCAGCGGCAGCAGCUGCUGCAGCAGCAACUGGCGAAGAUUCAGACACCAGCAACAGCAGCUGCAGCAUCUCCUGUCUCAGCUGCUCGAACGAGCAGCAGCAGCAGCGGCAAUGGCAGCCACAGCUCGCCGCAGCAAGCUGCACUGCAGCAUCAAGUGCAGCAGCAACUGCAGCAGCUGCAGCUGCAGCAAAAGCUCAUGCAGCACCAACUUGCUGCUGCUAAGAGCACCCUUGACAAUCUUGAUCCGCUGCUGCUGUCUCGUGCUGCUCUUUCCUGUGGUGCAUACGCAAGGGCUCUAUGUCUGGUGGAGCAGCACGUUGCUCGCGACUUGCUGCCUCUCCAGGAUCUCCACCGUCGGCUGUGGGGAGGGCCUGCUGCAGCAACAGCAGCAGCAACAACAACAACAACAGCAACUGCAGCAGCAGGAGAAACCGCAGCAACUGCAGCAACACCUGCAACAGCAUCAGAGGACAGCACCUACGACGCAGUUGCUGUGCAGCUGCUGCUGCAGUCAUACAGAGGACUUAAGGCACGCGAUUUGCUGCUUGCUGCAGUUGAGUGCUGCCGCGUCUCUGGGCUGUACAGACACCGUGUAAAGUUGCUGCCACCAGCAGCAGCUGCAGCAACACGAGCAGCAACAGCAGGAACGACUGGUGUUGUUGAUGUCGAAGAGGAUGUGCAGCAGCAGCAACAACAACAGCAGGCUGUGCUGCAGCAGCUGCAGCAGCAACUACAGAGGCAGCAGCAAGCAGCUCAUAUUGAAGGCUUUGCGUUAGAGUUGUGGGGAAAAUGGAGGAGAGCAGCAGCAGCAUACAGCAGACGUCUCCUACAGAUGCAAGGCAGCAGCAGCAGCAGCAACGGCGCGUUGCUGUCAUUCUGCAACGCUGCACUGUCUGCAGCUGCAGCAACCUCAUCUCCUCCGAGUGUCCGCGCAGCAGCCGCAGCAGCAGCAGCAGCAGCAAACGGAGCAGCAGCAGCAGCAGCAGCAAUUUGGUGCGGCCUCUUCCGCUGUAUGCGCAAGAGCGGUGGCGGCGUUGCCCUUUGGUUAGAGCCUCGUGCUGUGCUGCGUCUGCUGCAGCAGCAACAGCUGCAGCAUCUGCUGCUGCUGCUGCCCCUCCCCGUACCCAUUUCUCCGCAGGAGCAGCUGCUGCAGCAGACGAAGCAGCAGCAGCAGCGGCAACAACGAAUGCAGCAGCUAAUUCAACAGUUUAGAGACUCUCUUUGUCGUGCUGCUGCUGCAGCAGGAGGUGCAUGGCAGUGGCAGCAGCGGGGAGAGCAGCAGCGGCUGCUGGAUAUAACAGAGACUGCUGCUGCUGCGGCUGCUUCUGCUGCUGCUGAGGAAAGUAAUUGGGAUGGAUGUGCUGCAGCAACAGAAGCAGAGCUGCAGCAGCAAAGAGGUUUGUGGGCAGAAGCAGCAGCAGCUUGCUGCAGCUUGGGGCAGUGGGACGCCUUGCCAGCAUUGUUGCAGUCUGCUUCUGCUGCUGCUGCUGCUCCUUCUGCAGGAGCUGCAGCAGCAGCAGCAGCAGCCUCCCCACAAGUGUCAGGAGCAGCAGCAGCAGGCGACAGCUGCACGGCGUUGCUUCCGCUGGCAGAGACAACAGAAAGUAAUUUUUUGCUGCAGCAUGCGCGUUUGCUGCUGCUGCUGCGUGAGGUGGUGCAGCAACAACAGCAGCAGCAACAACAGCUGCAACAGCUGCAGCAGCAACAGCAGCAGCAUGGCUGCAUCGGGUGUACUGUUGGGUCCGAGCUGCAUGCAGCAACAGUACAGUGUCUUACGCAAGUUGCUGCUGCACUAAAAGAUUCAACAUUACGUGCUGCGUCUUAUCUAUCACAUCUACAUAUAUUUGCUGACCUUGAGAUCAUCUGCAGCCGCGUGGGCAUACUUCUGUGGCCUGGGCCCAACGAUACCUACUGCAGCAGCAGCAGCAGCAACAGCAGCAGCAACAGGGACUGCUGCAGUAGAUGCGGUGUAAGUGCAGCUUGGCAGUGUCUUCCCGUUGAGCAGCAGUGCUGUCUUGCUGCGCUGCUUGUAGAUAGGGCGAUGCCAACUGCAGCAGCAGCAGCAGGAGGAGUAGCAGCAGCAACAACAGCAGCAGCAAACGGACGAUCAUCAGAGCAGCUUGCUGCAGCAAAGUUGGCAUUAGAGUGUCUGCAGCAACCUGUUGCUGCUGCUGCUGUUGGCCUCGCGCUGCAGCGCCUCUGUUGCGGUGUCUCGACACCUGGGGAGGUCCGCGUUGCCCACUAUAAGCACAUCGAAGCCUUCCUGCAGCAGCAGGAGCAGCAACAGCAGCAGCAGGGCAAGCAGAGGAAGUGUCUCUCCCUGUUAGAGUCAAUAUCUAAUGUCUCGUUUGCUGCUAGAGUGACGCUGCUGCACUUGAAGGCGCAGCAGCUGCUGCUGCCACCGCAGCAGGUGCUGCAGCAGUUCGAACUGCUUGAGCGUGAACAGAGGCAACUUCAGCAGCAGCAGAACCAGCAGCAGCUGCUGCUGCAGCAGCACGACAGUGUGCAGCAGGAUUUGUUUUUCUGUUUUGCUUCCUUUAUUGACUCCCUUAUAGAGGAAAGGCUGCAGCGCGAUGCCCUGCUGCUGGUGCCGCAGCAGCAGCAGCGUAGCAGCAGUAGCAGUAGCAGCAGCAGCAGCAGCGGCAGCGAUCCCUUCUUCGCGUAUCCGCUUCCAUCACAUUCAGGGAGGCGCAAGACAAGCAAGCUGCAACUGCAGCAGCAGCAGCAGCAGCAGCCAUACGGGAACAGCCGGCCCACAACUAAGGACAAGGAAGAGCUGACGCUGUCUUUCCUGGUUUGCGAGUCGGUGCGGCUGCAUCUUUUAGUGCUGCAGCAGCAGCAGAAUGUGCCCCUCUAUCUUCAGCAGCAGCAGCAGCAGGUGCUGCUGCAGGAUCAGGAAAAGGGGUUUGAGGAGGGAGGGGUAGCAGCAGCAGACUACAGACUUGAGCAGCAGCAUUUGCAGUGGCACAAUCAGCUGCAGCAGCAGCAACAACAGCAGCAGCAGCUGCUGCAGCAGCACACAAGUCUACAUCGCAUGCUUGCUGUUGCUUUCUCUUUUACAACGCCAAACACUUUUGUGGGGCCGAGGCUUCAAGUCGAUGCAUCUAUUGCUGCUGUGCUGCUGCGGAGGCAGAGUGAUACUGCAUGCACCAGCAGCUAA